AUUAAAGCUGGUCCCCCCUCCCCCUCCUCUACCUCUCUCUCUGUCUCUCCCGGUCCUGUCUGAGGUGCCGUCCCACCUACGCCCUCUAUAGUUGGCCGCUCGUCCCCGCCACCAUGGCGCACCAAGACACGCAGAAAAAUGCCCAGCCCAAAACAGUUGUUCUAGAUGUGCCCGACGCCAAGGCGCAGGCGCCCGUGGGCCUGGAGGAGGCGCUGGAGAUCACAGGUUAUGGCAGGUUCAACAACAAACUACUGGUGGGGCUGUGGCUGGCCAUGGCGGUGCAGAACUUCGUGGGCUCGGACAUCGCGUACUCCCUGCCCGCCGCCGAGUGCGACCUCAACCUCACCACCUUGGAGAAGGGGCAGAUCAACGCGGCCAUGUACGUGGGCAUGAUGCUGACGGCCUUCGUGUGGGGCGCGCUCUCGGACAUGCUGGGCCGGAAGUCGCUGCUGCUGACGGCCUACUUCGCGCUGGCGGCCACGGCCACCUUCCAGGCCUUCGUGUCGUCAUCGUUGAUCUUCAUUAUCUGCAGGGUCGUCCUCGGCGCGCUCCUCAUCGGGCCGGCCAGCAUCGCGCUCACCUUCGCCGGGGAGCUGCUGGGGCCGCAGUACCGCUCCAAGGUGUUCAUGUGGUCGGGCGUGAUGCAGGCCAUUUCGGGCACCGCGCACGCCGGCCUGGCGAUGUGGGUCAUCCCGCUGCAGUUUGACCUGCUGCGCUCGUGGCGCGCCUUCAUGCUGGUCACGGCCCUGACCAGCCUCUGCGCGGGGCUCUUCAUCCUGCUGCUGCCCGAGUCCCCCAAGUACCUGGCCGCGCGCGGACGCCCCGACGACGCGCUGCGCGUGCUGGCCGGCAUCUUCGCCGAGAACACGCGCCUGCCCGCCGCCACGUACCCCGUCAAGACGCUGCAGCUCAAGAACCUGCGGAACAGCGACGAACCGGCCAACCCGUUCCUGGCCAUCGUCCACCAGUUCGGCAAGCUCUGCCGCAAGCCCUUCCUCGUGCCGCUCGGCUUCGUGCUCGCCAUGCAGCCCCUCAUCCUGUUCUGCCAGAACACGAUCCGCAUGUGGGUGCCGCAGAUGUUCGCGCAGAUGGACCGCGACGCGGCCCUGGGGGUGACGGGCCGCGAAGUCUGCAGCGUCCUGGAGGACGACAGGCCGUCCGUCGGCGGCAACGCCACCCUCACCCUGGCGGACUGCGACUCGUACUCCGUGGACGCCAGCGUGUACCUCAACUCCAUCAUCAUCAUGAGCUGCAGGGCGGGCUUCCAGUUGGCUGCCAGCUUCAUCAUCCGGCCCGUCGGCGCCAAGGCCGUGCUGAUAACGACGCUGUCGGUGGCCGGCUCCAUGCUGGUGGCGUGGCCCUGGGCCAACACCCCGGCCCUCGUGCUCGCCGUGGCCUGCAUCUUCGAGGGCUGCGCCAACACGGCCUUCACCACCGUGCUCAACAUCAUCGUCGAACUGUUUCCGACCGGCGUCAGAUCGUCCGCCUUCAGCCUGUCCAACUUCUCGGGCCGCUCGGGCUCCAUGGUGGGCAACGUGGUGAUCCCCAUGCUGUUCGUCUCCAACUGCUCCCUGGCCUUCUGGAUCGGUGCCGUCACCUUCUACGUGUGCGCGCUGACGGCCAUGUUCAAGCCCAAGCCCGCCUUCACGCCGACGCCCUCCACGGGGCUGGCGGACAGGAUCCACACGGCCAACGAGGCGCGACGCCGCCACACCAAGUGAUGGCCGCCAACGCCGAAAACGGCCGCGCCGCCAGAGACUGAACCCCUUCAACCGGGCGGAGCGCGGAGCGUGCGUUGUCUGUGCGGGUGCGUCGUCGCUUCGGAGUCGGACCCUGUUAAAGACUGACCGUUUUUGUACUUAAUUUAGGAAUACAAAGUGCCGCUUUCCUGCGC